AUGACAACAGAAUUUAAAAUAGUUUUCACAGGAGAUCCAUCUGUUGGAAAGACGUCUCUCAUAUAUCAAAUGAUAGAAGGAAAGUUUCAUGAAGAACUUCCGAGUACUAUUCCUGAGUCACAACAACAUACAGUUACAGAAGGGAAUCAAAUCUAUGUAUUUAAUCUGAAUGAUACAGCAGGACAAGAAGUCUAUCGUACAGUAACGUCAUCAUAUUAUAGGUCGUGUCAUGGAGUGUUUUUAGUAUAUGCGCAAGAUGACAAGACAUCAUUUGAAGAUUUAAGGGGAUUUUUUGAUGAUAUCAGCACAUAUACGAAAGGAAAGAAACCUAUCAUUUAUCUUCUAAGUAAUAAAAAAGAUUGUGAAAAAAUUGUAAGUACAGAACAAGGACAAAAAUUUGCAAAAGAGAAAAAGAUAGUCUUUUUUGAGGUUAGUGCUAAGACAGGAGAAGGAGUUAAAGAGGCAUUUGAAAAUAUGCAAAAAGAAUUAAAAGGAACUGGUGGAAAUAAAAAAGGAAAUUCAAAAUCAGGAAAGUGCAUUUUGUUGUAA